UGACGAUAAUGUCAAAUGUUUUGAACAAUAUUAAAAACGGUAUUGGUAGCUAUUUAUCACCUUUAUCACAACAAUCAUCAUCAGUACAGCCAACCAGAAUGACAACUUCAAAUUUAAACAAUAAUAAUAAUAAUAAAGAUUCGAGAAUUAAUAAAUAUUCAAGUAUUUCUUACAGAGAAAUCGAAGUAAUUGAUUCGGAUAAUCAUGAACAAUUGAUGCAAAAAAAUCGAUUAUUAUUGAAAAAUAAUCAAUAUGUGUGGCUUUAUGAACAUCAAUCGCCAUCAAUGAACAAUAGUUAUGAAAUUAUUUAUAGAAUAAAUAAUCAGUCAUUUCUAGUAUUUCAUAGUAUGAUAAAGAAUGAUUCAAUUGAAUAUUUUGAACAUCUAAGCUCAGUAUUGAAUAAUCUAUCUGAAUAUAUAACAAAAUCAACAAAAGUUGAAACAUUCAAAAAUCUUAAAACAAUAAUGGAUAUUCUAUGCAUCAAUCCGAAUUGGAAUUCGACACAUAUAGCUGCCCGGCUUGGAUUCAUACAAUUUUUCAACAAUAAAAGAGAUAUCGCUGUGGCGGAAAUUAAUUCACAAAUAAAACCAGAUGAAAUGACACCUUUACAUUUGGCAAUUAUCCAUAAUCAUAAGGCUAUAAUCGAAAUUAUGUUGCUCGAUUUAUACCCAAAUCUAAAUCUAUUGGAUUCCAAACAAUAUUCAAUAUUACAUUAUGCUGCACUUUCUCAACUCGAUAUAUUUCGUCUGAUUCUUAGCCAAUCAAACAUGUUGGAUAGAAUUUUAUGGCAAAAUCAUCAAGGAUCGACAGCAUUGCAUUUGGCUUGUUUUGCACGUAAUUAUUCGAUUGUCUUUGAAUUUUUAAAAUUUGGACUAACAGUUCAAAUGUUAACAUUAAAUCCACCAAAAAAUCGAUUAAAAACACGAAAGAACAAACAGAACAUCAAACAUAGGGGUAAAAUCGUUCGAUUCACUGAUCAAGAUCUUGGUGAUAUUGAUUGUCAGGAUAUUGAAAUGGUUGGCAGUCCGUUACAUUGGGUAAAACAUAGGCGAUUAAUGGAAAAAUUGAUCAAUGUUUAUAAAUUUGAAUUAAAUAUUCGAAAUCUUAAUGGUGAAACACCUUUACACGUUAUGGUCAAACGUAAUCGAAUUCGAUGUGUGAUCACACUAUUAUGUUCGGGAGCAAAAGUUGAUGCAAAAAAUAAAUUUGGUAAUACUCCAUUACAUCGAGCAAUCAAAGCGGAUGAAAUAACAUUGUCACAGGCAUUGAUUGUAUUUGAUGCCAAUAUUAAUGCUAUUAAUAAUCGAAAAGAAUCGAUAAGACAUUUGGCUGCUUUGGCCAGUUCACGAGAGCAGACAUUUUUUUCACAGCACAUUCUUUAUCUAGUAUCAUCAUUGGGUGCACAAAGAUGUCCAGAAAAUAUGAUAAAUUGUAAUUCAGGCUGUAGUCAUGAUGGAAAUUUUGAAGGACGUUGGAAUUUCGCUCUAACUGAACUAACUAAUCAUUAUGAAACAAUUUUUAAUAAUUUAAAAAAUUCCAACUUGUUUGAUGAAGUAAUGGAAAAGGAUGAUGAGGGAAAAAUUGAUGAAAAAUGUGUUAAUAUGUUGUGUCUAGAUGGCGGUGGUAUUCGUGGUUUAAUAAUAGUGCAAGUUAUGCUUGAAUUUCAAAAACGCCUUGAACGGCCAUUCCUUGAUUAUUUUCAAUGGAUUAUUGGCACAAGCACUGGUUCAUUGGUUGCUGCUUAUUUGGUCAGUGGAAAAUCAUUGAAAGAAAUUCGUAAUAUUUAUUUUCAAUUCAAGGACAAAGUAUUUGUUGGUGAUCGUCCUUAUGAUGCAGGAGCAUUAGAAUGUUUAAUCAAAGAAUUUUUGGGUCCCGAUCUUACAAUGAGAGAUUUGAAAACCAAAUUUGGAAAAAAUGUCAUCAUACCAGCUGUCCUUUAUGAUCGAGUACCAAUGAAAUUGCAUUUAUUUCGUAGUUAUCCCUCACAUUUGGAACUAUUAAAGAAGCUUGAUUAUGAUCAAGGAUUUGCUCGACAUCCUAACCAAGAUCAAUUAGUGUGGAAAGCAUGCCGUGCUUCAGGUGCUGCUCCAACAUAUUUCAAUUCAUUCGGGCCAUUUAUCGAUGGUGGAAUAAUUUCCAACAAUCCUACUAUCGAUGCACUGACCGAAUUUGAAUUCAAUAAUAAUGCCUUGAAUCAUAUUGGGCGUCAUGAGGAAUGUGAAAAACUUCGUUUUGUAUUGUCAUUAGGCACGGGUCGUCAACAAACCGAGCCUUGUAAACCGAUUGACAUUUCCAAAAUUUCAUUGAAUCUAAUGGAAUUGAAUACUCAGAUUCGCUAUAUUUAUCAAAUGACCAAUCUUCUUUUAUAUGAACUUUGUAAUACUGAUAAUCAUAUUGUAAAAAGGGCGGAAGCUUUUUGUUCAGCAGCCAAUAUACUUUACUUUCGCAUCAAUCCACAAUUCAACAAAUUAAUCGAAUUGGAUGAAACAUUGGAUUUCAAGAUUAUUAAUCUACUUUGGGAAACUAAACGAUUUAUGUAUCUAAAACGUGACGAAGUAGAAAAAUUAGUGAAAUAUUUAGAAAAAUUUGCCAAAUUUCCAAAAAAAGAUCAUCGACAAAACGAAACCGAAAACAAAUCAAUUGUUAAUCCCAAAAAAAAAAAAUAUGCUAUAACUAAAUUUUGUCCAAAAUUAAAUUUCAAUUAG